AUGAAGGACCAUGAUCAUGAUCAUCACCAUCAUCAUCAUGCUCAUCAUGAUCAUAGCUCAGAAGAUCAUGAUGAUCAUCAUAAAAAACAUGAUCAUGAACAUCAAUCUCAUCAUGAACAUGAUGCAAUAGUCACCGUUAAUAUGCAUAAUGUUCUCAGUUUAUUCAAACAAAAAUUACAAGAAACCGAAGAACGUAUUAUUGCUGCUAUUCAACACGGUCAAUCUUCAAGUCCAGCAACAGCCGUUAAAUCUUAUCGCAUAGCUGAUCGUUAA